CUAGAGCAUGACACAUGCAUCGUGUGUUGGCAUUUUGGCUGUCACAAAUAAGAAAAAAUCCCAAGACCCCAAACUCUAUCAGAUUUUACGGGGUUUACGUCUUUAAACCAGAAAAAAGCCGAUUGCAGCAUCAUCUGAUGUAGUUUUUGCGUUGAAUUUAGUCAAACAAAGCAAAAUAAAUGUAUUGUGAUAUUCGUAGAAGUCUUACGUCGUUUCCCGAUAACCGUAUGUAUGAGGUUCGACUGUAGAGUAUCCCCUUGUGAUACUACCUAGGAUCGUCUGCAAUAAAAACGUCAUAAACUUCAAAAGGUACCCCAAAGUGUUGCGAACGAUGCCUUUAUUCGGGAAAUCGACCAAAGGACCUGCUGAAGUAGUGAAGGCUUUAAAGGAAGCAGUCAACUCGCUUGAAAAAGGCGACAAGAAAGCUGAGAAGGCCCAGGAAGAUGUCUCCAAGAACCUGGUCCUUAUCAAGAACAUGCUGUAUGGCACCUCGGACGCUGAACCCCAAGCUGAUAUAAUUGUAGCACAGUUAGCUCAAGAAUUGUACAAUAGCAAUCUACUUCUGUUGCUGAUACAGAACCUAAACCGAAUUGACUUUGAAGGCAAGAAGGAUGUGGCCCAAGUUUUCAAUAAUAUUCUAAGAAGGCAGAUUGGGACUAGGUCUCCUACUGUAGAAUAUAUCUGUACCAAGCCUGAAAUUCUUUUUACAUUAAUGACAGGUUAUGAGCACCAAGAAAUAGCUUUAAAUUGUGGAACUAUGCUGAGAGAAUGUGCUAGAUAUGAAGCCUUGGCAAAAAUCAUGUUAUAUUCUGAUGAUUUUUACAAUUUUUUUCGAUAUGUUGAAGUUUCUACUUUUGAUAUAGCCUCUGAUGCAUUCUCAACGUUUAAGGAAUUGUUGACUCGGCACAAGGUGCUUUGUGCUGAUUUCCUAGAAACUAACUAUGAUAAGGUUUUUAGUCACUAUCAGAGAUUACUGAAUUCUGAAAAUUAUGUGACCAGACGUCAGAGUUUGAAACUGCUUGGAGAACUUUUAUUGGAUAGACACAAUUUUACUGUAAUGACAAGGUAUAUUUCAAACCCUGAAAAUCUAAAGCUUAUGAUGAACAUGUUAAAAGAAAGGUCAAGGAAUAUUCAGUUUGAAGCCUUCCAUGUCUUUAAGGUGUUUGUGGCAAACCCCAAUAAGCCGAAGCCGAUCCUGGACAUCCUAUUACGCAACCAGGAAAAACUGGUAGAUUUCUUGAUGCGUUUCCACACGGAUCGAGCCGAAGAUGAGCAGUUCAAUGACGAAAAGGCUUACCUCAUCAGGCAAAUCAAAGAGCUAAAGCCUAUUCAGGGCCACUAACUGUAUCAUCCCUUACCGCAGGCACACACCCCUACACCCUAUCAACAAUGCUACGUCAUUCUUUUCAUUUUUCACCGACGGCUAUUUCAAUUAUUCACAGACAAAAAUCGACUAGACAUACAGUUGCUUUCAUAUUUUCAUACAUGCUUAGGUUAUAUCUAGGAAAGACUACAAUUCGUGGUUGAGAAUUUGCUGGACUUCUAUCAAGUUCUUUUCCAAAACAUGUUAAAGACGUUUUGUAUAACUGUGUGUGAAAUACAUGUGAUGUGUUGCUUUUUGGCAGACGGUGUAUAUGGUUUAUAGCAUGUUGCAAAAAGUAACUACUUCAAUAUUGGAAAAUUGAUCGAGGAAAAUGAGGUAAAUUUCCCUCUAUUUCCACGCUAUUUUGUCAUUUGGCAAUUUUCGCAAAUCCUAAAAAUUCCGUUAUAAAGUCACCAGUCCCAGUGGGAUUUGCAGAAGUCCAGGUAACUUGAGGUGGAUCCUCUAUAAGAUUCCUGCUUUUAAAGGUUUGUGCCCACUAUACCAUAUUAUAUUAUGAUCUAUUCAUUCCUUCAGAUACAAAAUGAUAAUACUUUGCGAUGCCCAUUAUCCUGUAACAUGUCAUUGGCAUAGCGUAAAUUUGGUGAAGGGCACAACGCGUGUGGACGUGUGCGUCUCACAGGCUGUAAGGUUAGAAUAAAACGCGUAUGAUACGCGUAGCAUACCAGUUACAUAUUGCUAUAGAACGCGGUUGAUCUGGUGCUAUACAGGGUGUCUCGGGGUAGCAUGUCAAUCUCUCAUAUGCAUACCUCCAGUACCUAUAAAAACAAAGGAACUUUUGGCAUUAUUUUUUCGAGAGAUUGAGAUGUUACCCUGGGACACCCUGUAUAGGAUCUUGGUAUGGUAUAGUGGGUAAAGACUUUUAUCCGCUUUUAUUAGUAUAUUUUGCCGUCGUUACGUUUACCAAUUCCUAUAGAUAGACAAGAAGGAAGGCAAGUGUGUUAUGGUAUAUUUUAUUUAUAGUAUACACAUUUAUUUAUAGCAUGAGUUAAUAAAUAUCUUAAUCACUGUUUAUGCUAGUGAAUAAUAUUUUGUCAACUAUUGUUUUUAUCAUUUUAAGGUAGUUGAAGAUCGUGACGGAGUUGUUUUUUUAUAAAGCCAUGUUGAUUCGUGGACUUUUUAAGUAUCUUUUGGAAAACCUAUUUGGUUCCUACAAUAGCUAGACAUUCAAAAAAGGCAAUGCUUUCGAUGCAAACGUUUUUGAAAAUGUAAGAAAAACCACAUGUAAUACAGUUUUUUGCAUAUUUCAAAUUAUAGAUAGGUUUUGCAUUAUCUGAAACGUCAUUUGUUGAAGCAUGAACACCUGGUUUCAUAUUCCUUAUAGUCGCAAAUGACGUAUUCUCAUUACAUCCAAAAUUUGAUAACAUUCAUCCGCCUUCUGGUCCAGGAAUUAUCUUUGCAUCUGCUUAUGAAAAUAUUCUGUUUCGGGUGUUUGCAUAAUGUUAUUCAAAAAAAGUCUGCAUGUCGCCAUGUCCAAAUUUUCGUCAAAAAUUAUUCUGCUGGCGGCCGCCCCUAUCAUAUUAGGCGAAAAUAUCCCUGGUUUGCGAAAUAAUUAUUGUAAAUUCUGGUCAAGUUGAUAAAAACAUGGACACAUAAAAUGGGAAAACUGUUUUUUUGGGAUUUAAUCGAAAGUGUUGGCAGGAACGAAAAAACUCUUCGUAUAAGAUUUUUAGGUAUUUAUGAGAGCUACAAAAUGAGACGACAUGUAAAAAGAUCCGGCUAAUAGCAAAAAAGUUAUGGCCGAAAACCGAGGCAAACUGCAGAUUUUGGCACUUGUUGGUAAUGCGACGAUUCGUAAGAUUCGUAAUUAAUAACCACAACAAAAUUUGAUUACAUUAAUCAAGUAGUUUUUGAGAAUUUCUAAUUGUUUAUCCCAAAAAACCUAUUUACCGGCCAUCACUACUAGUUUAUUGAGCAAUAUACAGGGUUAGCUCAAAGGGCAUUUUAUAGCAAAAUACACUAGUUUACAAUUAGACAUUCUCAAAAAACUGCUCGACCAAUAUAAUCCAAUUUUGUUGUUGUUAUUUAGGAGUAUUAAUCCUACUGAUUUGAAGAAUAUCAAAUCGUUGCGUGAAAUUAUCGUCGCAUUACCAACACGUGCCGAAACCUGUAUUUUGCCUCUUUUUUUCGUCCAUAACAUUUUUGCUAUUAGUCGGAUCUUUUUACGUGUGGUCUCAUUUUGUAGGUCUCAUAGAAACCUAAAAUUAUUAUAUCAAAAGUUUUCUCGUUCCUGUCGGCACUUUCGAUUGAAUCCCAAAAAAAUACGUUUUCUCAUUCUUUGUUGUCAAAUACAAAGUUUUCCCACAAAAAUUGGUGUACUCGUUUUAUGCGAAUAUUUUUAAAUACCCCUUUGAACAACUAAAACCGGUUUUUACAAUUAUUUCGGGAAAAUUUGCUAAUAUGACUAGACUGACAGUUUUGGUCCUGCCAACAUGUAGAUUCGUUCUUUCUGAAUAAUUACACAAAAUUCUGAAUCAGAUUUUUUUUGAGCAGAUGCAAGGAAGUUUCUCGACUAUUCACAUUAUUGAAAAAAAUUAAAAGCAGUUAUGGCUUGUAGGAAAAAUAUUGAAAUCUAGAAGGGCAUAUUUUAACACCGUAAAGCAUCAAAAUUCCACAUUUAUGAUGCUGAUAGAUUAAAAAAAAACAUCACUAAAACUUAGCGGUGAUAACAGUUUGGAUAACAAAAUUACAUUUAUUGUUGUCACUUUAUCCAAAAAUAGUUUGUUAUUAAUUUCAUUUCAGUUCUAAUUUUGUAAUCUUUAAUAUCAAUGUUGCUUUGUUUUUGGGAUGAAAUUUACAAUUUAAAGCAAGCAUUUGGAAGUGUUAGUCGUUUUUCACUUCAAACAUGAGCGAUAGAAAAAUCGGUUUUUGAGUCCACAAUAGGUUUCAUUGCGCUAUUGAAUUUUUUGAUCAAUAAACUAUAUUCAUUAUACUUGAAUAUACAUUUAAGAAAUCGACAUAUAAAGUGACAGUGAAAAUGUUAUAUUUUGUCCAAACAAAUGAGCUUUAUCAAGUUUAGGGAAUAUAUUUCAACAUCUAUGAUAAAUACUAAUCAACCAACUUUAGAAAUUGGCGCUUGAUUCGGCACUUUUAUGUUCUAGUUGAUUUUUGUAAUCUAUAAUUUUAUUACGCAUAAUUCCUGCCAACUAUUAUGGUUGAAUUAGGUAUGUAAUGUUAGUUUUUUCUGUGAAAUUUAUUCAAUUGUGGUAAUAUUGUAUUUAUAUUUCUAUAAUAUUUAAAUAAAGAUUAAUAGAUUGUU